UUCAUGAUCAUGAUCAGCCACUUUAUUCAUUAAUCUCUGCUAAGAUGGCUUCUCUCAAAGCACAAAACAAUGUAACAUUAACCUUGUUGUUGUUGGGAAUCAUAGGCUUAUUAGGCCUCUCCAAAACUUGCAAGGCUCAAACACCCUGCGGAUCAAGCACAUGCGCCGCAAACGAAUGUUGCAGCAAAAGUGGCUUCUGCGGCACAGAUGAAGCCUACUGCGGCGCCGACUGCCGAGGAGGUGCUUGUUCCACGAACGGCUUCUCCGUGGGCGAUAUAGUGACCCCAGAAUUCUUCAGUGACAUAUUGAACAAUGGAAUAGCUAACAAUCAAGCGUGCCCUGGCCAGAGCUUCUACUCUCGGGACAUUUUUCUCGAAGCUCUCAACUCUUACCCUCCCUUUGGCAAAAGUGGCUCUGUCGAUGACUCCAAACGUGAGAUUGCAGCCUUCUUUGCUCAUGUCACCCACGAGACUGGCUCUUUAUGCUUUAUAGAAGAGACUGAUAACCAAGCAAAAGUCUACUGUGAUGAAGAGAGAGCAGCAGAGUAUCCAUGCAACCCAAGUAAAAGAUACUACGGACGUGGCCCUCUGCAACUCACAUGGAAUUACAACUAUGGAGCAGCUGGUAAAGCUAACGGCUUCAAUGGCCUAGAAUUCCCUGAGACUGUGGCCACUGACCCUCUUACUUCGUUUAAAGCCUCCUUGUGGUACUGGAUGGACAAUGUUCAUUCUGUCUUGGACCAAGGCUUUGGAGAAACCAUUCGGAAAAUUAAUGGCGAUCGCGAGUGUGGUGGUAAAGAGCCUGAGAAAGUUCAAAGUCGCAUCCAAUUCUACCAAAACUAUUGUCAGAGAUUCAAUGUUGAUGUUGGAAAUCCUAAUCUCUCUUGCUAAUUAAGAAUAAUCAGUUCCAAUAACAAUGUUGUUGUUGUUUAGUUUUAUAAAUUCCAAUCUAUUUAUUCUAGUGAUCAGCUAUUGCUGGUCAAUGUUGGUGAGAAGAAAUAAGUGAAUCAAUGUAUGUUACUUUUUUCAUUUAUCUUUAUAAAAUCAUUGGAUUUAAAUCAAGUUUCGUGUAAAAUCCUGAUUUGAUCUAAAUCAUUUAUUAAACAUGCUUAUUAUUGGCACUA